AUGUUCUUUAUCUUACCGUGCACCGAUGAAUACAGAUCUGUGGACAUGAGAUCGAUAGUUUAUGACGUGCCUCCACAGGAGGUAAGACAACGUGUUUAGUUAGCAGACAAUAUGUUUAGUUAGCAAACAUGUUUAGUCAGCAUACAACAUGUUUAGUUAGCAGACAACAUGUUUAGUUAGCAGACAACAUGUUUAGUUAGCAGACAACAUGUUUAUUUAGCAGACAACAUGUUUAGUGAGUUAGCAGACAACAUGUGUAGUUAGUUAGCAGACAGCAUGUUUAGUUUGUUAUUUUUGGUGGUGGGUGGGGGUGGGGUGCGCUAAAAACCACGCCUGCUGAUGACAUCACACCUUCCAAUGAGCAGAUCCUUACGAAGGACUCGGUCACGGCCAGCGUUGACGCCGUCGUGUACUACCGGGUGGUGAACCCCAUCAUGUCCAUCAUCUGCGUCUAUGACGCGUACAAGGCCACGCAGCUCCUGGCUCAGACAUUCUUGAGAAACGUCCUGGGCACGAAGAAUUUGAGCCAGCUUCUGUCGGACAGAGAGAACAUUAGUAAAACUUUACAGGUAAAUCGAGACCUCUGUAUUAUGCAUAGUUCAAACCUAUGUAGUACAAUAGUGUAUGUAAGGACAGGACACAAUUCAGGCUUGCAUGCCCUAACAUUAUGUGGAUGAAAGCGUAAAUUAAAAUGUUUAAUGUUGUGAAUUGUUAAAGGACCAUAGAAUUAACGACACUGCCUUCUAAUCUUCUAAACAUCAAUUCUAAUCUUGCUUAGAUCUCUGUUUUCCAUGGAUAUCUGUAUACACUGUUUCAUUUCUUUUCUCCCCAACCUCCAGAUGAAUUUGGACGAGGCCACCGGCCCGUGGGGAGUGAAGGUCGAGAGAGUAGAAAUGUACGUUUUAAAACAACGGACUGGAUGA